UUAUAGACUAGUAGCCGAAGACGGCUCGGACAGGUCGCGUUGGACAGGACCAUUCCGCGUCUCCGUUACGUUAGCCGGAUUGACUGCUCGGGUAUCGCCAGUUCGCAUGUAGCAAGUCGCACUCUGACCUACUGCAGCCUCUGGAGGAGGUCCUACACCGUUAAGGAAGCCCUGCAACUUCUGGACGAGGGCCUACAACCUUGACAAGGUUCUUUGGAAGAGGUCUUACAAUAUUAGGGAGGCCUACGACCUCUGGAGGUGGAGGAGGCCUGCGACAUCGAGGAGGUCCUACAACCGUGAGAAUUUCCUCACGCCUUGAGAUGGAUCCACAACGUCUAGAAGAGGCCCUACAACAUUGAGGAGGUCCUACACGCUUCAGCAGGUCCUCCAACAUCUGGAGGAGGAAGAGGUCCUGUUACAUUAGGGAGGUCCUGCACGGUUCAGGAGGUCCUCCAACAUCUGGAGGAGGUCCUCCAGGUUUGAGACGGUCCAACGACGUUUUCGGAAAAUUGUAUUCGUCAUCGUCAUCGCCACCACGAUGAGGAGCCUUCCUCGUCCCAUCGAAAUGUACAACCCGACGUUCACGGCGUGGUGCAACUCCCACCUCCGCAAGGCCGGCACGGCCAUCGCCAACAUCGAGGAGGACUUCCGGGAUGGCCUGCGCCUCAUGCUGCUGCUGGAGGUCAUCUCCGGCGAGCGUCUGCCGAAGCCGGAGAAGGGGAAGAUGCGCGUUCACAAGAUCGCCAACGUCAACAAAGCGCUCAACUUCAUCGCCAGCAAGGGCGUCCGCCUCGUCUCAAUCGGAGCCGAGGAGAUCGUGGACGGGAACGUGAAGAUGACCCUCGGGAUGAUCUGGACAAUCAUCCUGAGAUUUGCUAUCCAGGACAUCUCCGUUGAAGAGACGUCGGCUAAGGAGGGGCUGCUGCUUUGGUGCCAGCGCAAGACGGCACCCUACAAGAACGUCAACGUCCAGAACUUCCACCUCAGCUGGAAGGACGGCCUCGCCUUCUGUGCCCUCAUCCAUCGGCAUCGCCCUGAGCUCAUCGACUUCGCCAAGCUCAGAAAGGAUGACCCCAUGACGAACCUGAACACGGCGUUUGAGGUCGCAGACAAGUACCUGGACAUUCCCAAGAUGCUGGACGCUGAGGACAUAGUGGGCACGGUAAAGCCGGACGAGAAGGCCAUCAUGACCUACGUCUCGUGCUACUACCACGCCUUCUCGGGGGCACAGAAGGCGGAGACGGCGGCCAACCGGAUCUGCAAGGUGCUGGCGGUGAACCAGGAGAAUGAGAACCUCAUGGAGGACUACGAGAAGCUCGCCAGUGAUCUGCUGGAGUGGAUCGAGGCGACGAUCCCGGGCCUGGAGGACCGCUCGCUGCAGAACACGAUGCAGGUGAUGCAGGCGAGGCUGGAGGACUUUCGCGACUACCGGCGAGCGAGGAAGCCCCCGCGCUCCGAGGAGAAGUGCCACCUGGAGAUCAGCUUCAACACGCUGCAGACCAAGCUCCGCCUCAUGAACCGUCCCGCGUUCAUACCCUCCGAGGGCAAGAUGGUGUCGGACAUCGCCAACGCGUGGUCGCGCCUGGAGCAGGCCGAGAAGGGCUACGAGGAGUGGCUCCUCAACGAGAUCCGUCGCCUCGAGCGGCUCGACCACCUUGCCGAGAAGUUCCGACAGAAGUGUGACAUCCACGAGACGUGGGGCUCAGGCAAGGAGGAGAGCCUUCAGGAGGACGUGGUGCCGGGCGUCGCCUCGCUGACCGAGCUCAAGGCGCUGCUCCGCAAGCACGAGGCCUUUGAGAGCGACCUGGCCGCCCACCAGGACCGCGUGGAGCAGAUCGCCGCCAUCGCACAGGAGCUCAACGAGUUGGACUACCACGACGUGGAGAGUGUGAACGGGCGCUGCCAGGCGAUCUGCGAGCAGUGGGACCGGCUCGGCGCGCUCACGCAGACGCGCAGAGAAGCCCUGGAGAAGCGUGAGAAGCUGCUGGAGACCAUUGACCAGCUGCACCUGGAGUUUGCCAAGCGCGCUGCCCCCUUCAACAACUGGAUGGAGGGCGCCAUGGAGGACUUGCAGGACAUGUUCAUCGUGCACACCAUCGACGAGAUACAGGGCCUCAUCACGGCGCACGAGCAGUUCAAGGCGACGCUGCCCGAGGCGGAGAAGGAGAAGCUGGCCAUCGUGGGCGUGCACGCCGAGCGUGAGAAGAUCGCUGGCACCUACCACGUGGAGCAGCCCGCGGGGGGGUCCAACCCGUACACGGCCAUCACCACCGCGGACGUCACCGCCAAGUGGGAGCGGCUGAAGGCCCUGGUGCCACAGAGAGACCGCCUCCUGCACGAGGAGCUCUCUCGGCAGCAGAGCAACGAACGUCUCCGCGUGCAGUUCGCCAACUCGGCCAACCAGACCGGCCCGCUCAUCCACAAGAAGAUGGAGGAGAUUGGGCGAAUCUCCAUGGAGCUGCACGGCACGCUGGAGGACCAGCUGGUGCAGCUGCGCCAGUACGAGCAGAACAUCAUCAACUACAAGCCCAACAUCGACAAGCUGGAGAGCGAGCACCAGCUCAUCCAGGAGGCGCUCGUCUUCGACAACAAGCACACCAACUACACCAUGGAGCACAUCCGCGUGGGCUGGGAGCAGCUGCUGACGACGAUCACGAGGACCAUCAACGAGGUGGAGAACCAAAUCCUGACGCGUGACGCCAAGGGCAUCAGCAAGGAGCAGCUCCACGACUUCCGAGCGUCGUUCAACCACUUUGACCGGGACCGCUCGGGGAACCUGAGACCGGAGGAUUUCCGCGCGUGUCUCAUCUCCCUGGGCUUCAGUAUCGCUAACGAUGCACAGAGAAAGAGUGGCAUGAUGGAGCCAGAUGAUUUCAGGGCUUGCCUCAUCUCCAUGGGUUACGUGCUGGGCGAGGCCGAGUUUGGCCGCAUCAUGGCCGUGGUCGACCCCAACAGCACGGGGGUCGUGACCUUCCAGUCCUUCAUCGACUUCAUGUCGCGCGAGACGGCCGACACCGACACGGCUGACCAGGUCAUCGCCUCCUUCAAGAUCCUCGCCGGGGACAAGAGCUACAUCCUGCCGGAGGAGCUGCGCCGGGAGCUGCCCCCGGACCAGGCCGAGUACUGCAUCGUGCGCAUGGCCCCCUACGCGGGGCCCGACGCCGUCCCCGGCGCUCUCGACUACACCUCCUUCUCCACGGCGCUCUACGGGGAGAGCGACCUCUAG